AAUUAUGUAUAUAAUUAUAGUUUAUAGCUGUUAUUACCCCCUGGUGCCCCUUUCAAAGAAUUUCAUCCGCGUGGUUAUUCCAGCCUCACUUUGGUUCAUUGUACAUGACGUCUCAGAUUUCAAAACCUCUUUGUUUCUUUCAUGUGCAGAGCAUAGUUCUCGUUUGAAAAUUUAUAUUGAGAAUUUCAUCAACUGUAUUUAUUCAACUUAAAUUUGGAUUUGACGUUUAUAACGUAAUUGCAGUUUAUUUCGACAUACAACGAAGUAUGUGCUUGCAAGUCUAGAAAGAAACUUUUUGUAUAUUUGGAUUUAUCAUGGCCUCCAGACGUGCAAGGACCAGAAGCCAUAUUGACAAUUCUAAUCCCGCCAAUUGGACAAGUUCACAAUUAAAGGAUGCGUUAAAGGAAUUGGGCAUUAACAUUUCGAUUCAAUUGAGUAAUAGUGCGCUCAGAAAAUUGUAUUUAGACAAUGUAGACAAUAGGAGAAACGUGCAAAAUGUCGUCCAAAAUAGUGCCAACUCGUCGGACAAUCCAACUAUUUUCGUUGCAAAUAAUAGAUCUGUAAACAAUUCAACUGAGGAAAAUAUUACAACAAACGAUGAUUCUAAUCGUGUUUUAGAAGACAGUGUUAUUUCGACAAAUUCAAAUUCUGCUUCAAAUUCAUCGCCGCGGAUUAAUCUGGACAUAAAUACUCCGACGUCUGCGCAUGUGCAAGAGACAGCUUCCGCCCAAGUGAACAACAUGUUGUUGAUAAACACAAUAGAACUUUGUCAACAAACUUUGAAACAAGUUAAUAGUAGACAGAGUAUGCUGCAAGAGACAAUGCCAUCUUUCAAUUUACAGUCCGCUAUGGCGGCAUCCUUCAUGCCUCAUUCCACAUCAACCCAAAUGACCGAACCGGCCCUGUCAACAAACUGUUUCAUCCAAAUUGGUCAAAACGACUCGUACAGAAUGCCAGUAUAUUCGGUUAAAUCGUUUGGUGUGCCGGCUUCAUCAAUCAGCGACACAGACAUGAUUUCACCGGAAAUCAGGCAGAAUAUCAUUACAGGUACACAAAUUCCGGGAAUUGGCCCCAGAAGCCGAGAUGAAUCCAACACCUUGUCCGCCACUGUCCGAAAUCCUUUGGACUGCACAAUAGACAGUUUGUGGAAAUAUUCACUCUCCAAUAACACAACUAGUGUAUAUAGGACAGGAAUCGAACUUUAUAAUAGAUUUCUUUUGUUAGAUGGAUUGACUUGGAAUAAAGACAGUCUCCCACCUGUGUCUGAAACCUUGCUUAUGCGCUUCGUAGCAUAUUGUGCUGAACACAAACAAUUAUGUCAUUCUACAAUUAAAUUAUAUUUAUGUGGCAUAAGGUUUCAUUUUUUAAAGUAUGGAGGUUUUAAUCCAUUAAUAAGUUUCGGAAAGCCUCUUGAGUGUCUUAAAACAAUUUUAAUUGGUUUAAAGAAAAAACAAGGGUCUACUGUCAAACGAAAACGUUUACCUAUUACUAUGUCUAUUUUGUCAAAAAUGUGUAAAUUACUACAUACAUGUAUUUUUGGUAAUUUUAAUAGUAUUAUGUUAGAGGCUGCCUGUACAACAGCCUUUUUUGGUUUUUUAAGAUGUGGUGAAUUCACUGUAAUGAAUCAGUUUGAUCCUGAAUGUAACUUAUGUUGCAGUGAUUUGCAAAUCACUGCUGACUGUAUUUUUGUAACUCUUAAAAAGUCUAAAACUGAUCCUUUCAGACAAGGAAUUACUAUUCCACUUUACAAAACAGGUUGUUCAAUUUGUCCUGUUUUAUCGAUAUUGAAAUACAAUCAGUUGAGGCAGUCUGUGUACUCCUCUAAUACAGAGGCUUUUUUCAUCUCCGAAGAUAUGAAACCUUUAAACAGAAAAUUUUUCAUUUCACAUGUCAAAAUGUUACUAGACAAAUUAGGCUUAUCUUGUGAUUCCUACAAUGGACACUCCUUUAGAAUUGGUGCAGCUACAUCUGCUCAAGAAGCCCGUCUUGAAGAUCAUUUAAUUCAAACACUUGGUAGAUGGUUAUCUAAUUGUUAUACAAGAUAUAUUCAUACUUCUCUCAAUGUUCUUAAGAAUGCUCAAAAACAAUUAGCUGAGACAGACAGAAGUUAGGAUAAAUUGUACUGGCAACAAAGGUUCCCCAUUCCACUUGGAGGCUACAGCUGCUUCACACCUGUAUUUGGCCAAUUCGAUACAAUUUCUACACAUUAGCCUUUGUAUCUCAUCCCCCAAGUUUUAAAUUUUAUAUCUAUAUGAAAAGGGGGAUAACUCAAUUUUAAUUUCAAAAGUGUCAAACAGCUGUUAGUCCCCAGUUU